GUCAACCCAACCCACCCUCUGAAAAAAGGGAGCUGAGAAAAGUGGCCCAUUUAACAGGCAAGUCCAACUCAAGAUCCAUCCCUCUGGAAUGGGAAGACACAUAUGGAAUUGCCCUUGUCUCUGGGGUGAAGUAUAAGAAGGGUGGCCUUGUGAUCAAUGAUACUGGGUUGUACUUUGUGUAUUCCAAAGUGUACUUCAGGGGUCAGUCCUGCAACAACCAGCCCCUGAACCACAAGGUCUAUAUGAGGAACUCUAAGUAUCCCCAGGACCUGGUGCUGAUGGAGGGGAAGAUAAUGAACUACUGCACUACUGGCCAGAUGUGGGCCCGCAGCAGCUACCUGGGAGCGGUAUUCAAUCUCACCAGUGCUGACCAUUUAUAUGUCAAUGUAUCUGAACUGUCUCUGGUCAGUUUUGAGGAAUCUAAGACAUUUUUUGGCUUAUAUAAGCUCUAAGAAAAGCACUUUGGGAUUCUCUCCAUGUGGUUCCUUGUUACAGGCACUGAAAAUAUGGUCUUGAAUGAGAGUCUUCUUAAGCCCACUUAAGGUCAAGUGAGAAGACAUGAGCCAAGAGUUAUCUUGAGACCACAGGGUCCAGCAGGUCUACAGUUCCUCAUCUCAUGAGCCAGACAGGAGGGGGAGUACGACCGAAGAGCAUGAGACUCUGCGCUGCCAUGCAAAGAUGCAGAGGCAGGAAGAAGCAGCUACCAGGCUGUCCUACACUCAUUUAAAGUGUUCAAGAGCAUUUUGGCACAUUGAAAAGGACACCUGUUAACUCACCUCUUGGGGUGGGUCUACUAUCUACCUCAGGGGAGGCUGUCUUUCAGAUAUAUGGAUGUGACAUGAGUGUAUAAAGGAUGGAAAAAGAGGACUAGGCUUGCAUGAUAAGCUAAAGAGACCAAAAGGCCAGUGUCCCAUUGGAAGCAUCUUUACUUCUAAAGGCACAGCCUGAGCCACCAGGUGAUGCUAACAAAGAAGCAAGGGGGAUCUUUUGGGAAGUUGCUCCUUUCCCCACACAGCAUGUAUAUUUCCAGUGCAAUUUUAGUUGUGUGUGUGUGUGUGUGUG